AUGCAGUGGACACAAGUAUUCUCCCGUAACACCAUUGAAAAUUCAGGCAGCGCUGCUCGAGAUUUCUGUAUGCUCGAGCGAAACAUGCUUGCGCAUAUCAAGCUGGCGCUGCUGCUUUCUGUUCUCUCGUCGUCGCUUAUCCUGCAAGCCCGACUGGUUCCAACAUCGGAUGAAGGAAGUUAUGCCCAAGAGUACGGGAUACCCCUCGCAAUCAUACAGUUUGUCGCUGCAUUGUUGGCCAUAGCGGCGGGAGUCUGGGAGUUCCAUGUCGGUUGUCGUGACCUGAUGAGGAUGCGAGCAUUUCUGGUGGCGCCCAAACCUCAUUUCGCUAUCAUGACUGUUGUCAUGGCCAUCGUGUUCACCACCUGUGUGAUCUUGCUCGACAAGGCCGGUGCUUGA